AAGGCCGAUCCCUCCUCUUUUCUCCUCUAAUUAACCUAAGCGCGAGGGAAGCUCAAUCCCCCUUACGUUGCUACCCUUCGGAAGAAGAGUAGGAGAACAUUAUUAUCAUAGAACUAAGGAAAUAUAUGAUAAAUAUGAAGAAAUCAAAAUCUGAAAGGAGGGUUCGUCCUGCUUUAAAUCUUGAUAUGAUCAGCAUUCUGCCAAAAGAUAUUCUAGACAAAAUUCUCGUGCGUUUACCAUUAAGGGAUGCCAUUCGGACAAGCUCCUUAUCAAGGACGUGGAGGCAUGCAUGGGCCUCAAUGCCAGCAUUGAUGUUUAUUGAUGACUCUAUUCCAUCUAAUAAUUUGGAUGCCAAGUUUCUCUUGUUUGUUGAUCGAGUUCUCUUACUCCAUAAUGGCCCAAUCCUGAAGUUUCAUCUUUCGAGUAAUCGAUGUUCCCAUGUGGCUAUUGAUCCAUGGAUAGUUGUCUUAUCAAGAAAUGGUAUUCAAGAGCUUGUCCUCGAUUUAGGCUAUGAGGAGAGGUACAAGGUUCCUUCUACUCUAUUCUUUUGCCAAGAAUUGAAACAUGUGGAGCUGUCUCAUUGUAUAAUUGAACUCCCGCAAAUGUUCAAAGGUUUUAGCUUGCUAAGUACUCUGAAACUCAGCCGAACUACACUCACUGACAAGGGAUUAGAGAACUUGGUUUCAAGCUGCCCAGUUUUGGAGAAUUUGUCGCUAACAAACUUCAACGGGUGUACUCAUCUCAAGAUUCAUGCGCCAAAACUCCAAGUACUAAUGAUUAUUGGUUUCUUUGAAGAUCUCCAUCUAGGAACUCCAAAUUUAGUUGUUGCAAAUAUUGUACUAGAUGGAGAAGCUCACCAAUAUGAUGUAGCAGGUGGAACCAAAAGCAAUCUGAUCCAGGCUCUUGGUUCUAUACCUGCGAUUGAAAAGCUUGAGAUACGUGAAUACUUCUUAGUGUAUUUGGCUGUUGGAUCUUUGCCAGAAAAGCUCCCCACGACAUUCAAUUGUUUAAGGAAACUCACACUGGACAUAAAUCUUGAAGUUCUAGAGGAGACAAUGACGGCGCUUUGCUUGUUCCAGAAUGCGCCUAACUUAGAAGAACUUGAGUUAUGGCCAGCAUUCGAAGAAACUCCAGUCGUACCUGUUGGAAAAUUUUGGAAAUUGAAAAUGCACCAGAGAUUUCCAUUCAAGCACCUUCGAAAUGUGUGCCUCAAUUCUUUUGCGGACUUGGAAGCUCACUUUGAAUUUGUGAAAUUUGUACUCAACACUGCACCAAUGCUUAAAAAAAUGACUUUAAGAAGUCAUGAUUGCCCGGAAGAGUCAAAAGUCCUCAGGAAGUUGCUGCAGUUUCCAAGAGCAUCAAAGGAGGUUGAAGUCAUAUAUGUAUGAACGUUGCUACACUUCAAUGAUGCUCAAUUAUGGACCAGAAAGCAUGAUUAAACCAUCCAUCUUUUCUGAAUUGAUAUAACCCUCACAUGAAGAUUAUUGUUCAGUUAUCACUUUGGAUAUUUGUUUCUUUGAUUGGGUCUUAAGUCUUCAUUACUGUUUGAAAAUCAGAUGGUUCUCAUUAACCUGUUCAUGUUCGAAUGAAUCGCCAGUUCAACUGGUGGUUCUCAUGAUUCUUAUACAUCAGAGCAGACUUUGUAAUGGAGUGGGGUUUUAUUGGCCUGCCUGGGCUGCAGUACUGAUUGUUUGAUGGUUCAACCAGUUCAAUCAUCUGUCCGGUUUGGGUUUUAAAACAAUGCUCUUCACCAUGCAAUCUUUAAAUUGGUUAGCACUCAUCAGAUAGCAACAAUUUAUCUUGGUUAACUAAUCAUGUAUGAGGAGAAUGUUUGAGUUCCUUUUUUAUGCAGAGAAAGACUACGUACAGUGUAUCCUUUUGAUCACUUUCCAUGUGUAGAUAGAAACAUCUAAGGUGUAUUUAUUGUUUCUGAUAUCAAAGUUGUAGAAGAUAUGGGCUUGAGUAGAUA